GUCACCCCAAAGGCUUAUGUCUAAUGAGACAGAACUAGAAAGAUGUCUUGAACUAAAAGACUGCUUUACAAAGCAACUAGAAAGAACAUAUCUUAAUAAUAGGGUAAGUUGAAAAUCCAAGAUUCUCCUUAUUUUCCCCAUAUACAUAUUUUAAUGUCUUUAAAGUGAAAUGGGGUCAAAAUACUCUAAGUCUCACCAUAGGGUAACCAGAGUGGUCCCUAUGCAAGACAAAGACCUAAUAUCUUCCCCAGCCAGCCCAGUGGACAUAAUAUUCAAUGAGAAUCCAGAGGAACAAAGUUUAUAUUCAUUUGCAAGAAAACAAGAGAAGAAGAAAAUUUUGGACAGGCAGCUGCCACCACUUCGGGAGACUUUGUAUGGAAGAUAUUCUUCAGGCCUUGAAAUGUCCAGGCCCAUGUCUGUUGAUAUUCCACUGGAAAAAGGAGAAACAAGUAUUAUUAAAAGACAUCCACCCAGAAGAUUUCAAAUGCUGGAACCCCUUGAACCACAAGUCAACAUUGCUGAAAAAUUCUUGACCCAGAAAGCGGCUGAAACCAUACUAAAGAAAAAGGAGCUGGAAAAGCGAAUGCAAACUCUGACAUACUCUUCUGGGAAAAGGCAAUACUUACACAAAAUGAAAAUGCUAGAAAUAAACUGCAAGAAACAAGAGGCUGAAUUGAAGAAGAGUCUCCAGAGAGAAGCAAGAAUUAAUAAGCACAAAAUGAGAGAACUCAAAGCCAAAAAAGUCCUUGAGAACAUGCCAAGAGAUGAUGACAAUGAAGACUUUGUGGCUAUGGAGUCUAAUAUGCCCAUAAAUGAAGAAAGAGGAAACACAUGGAAUAAAGAAUUUAUGAAACAUGAAUGGAGUGGAUAUCAUGCCAGGAAAAGUGAUGAAUUGAGAAGAUGGUCCCUCAAACAGCAGGCCCAAGAUGAAUUAUUUUGGGACAGUUCUAGCACCAAUUCAGAUGAGUCAGAAAAAGAUAAAAGAAAAUGCUGGACAUUAGUGAGGACCAAGACAGAAAGAAUUCCAGUUUUUGAUGAAUUCUUUGAUGAAAAAUAAAACAGCAACAAGAUUGGAAAAAGAAAGGGAGAAGAGGGAGUGGAGUGAAAAAUCAAUUACUUGUGAUUUCAGGACCUAGAACAGUGAGUGGCAUAUAGGAAGUGCUUAAUAAAUACUUUUGGAUUAAUUGCUUAACUGUAGUACUGAUUCAAAUCAAUAUGUGGAAUAAGCUACAUUUUUUUAAAGCCUUUAUUUUUAAAAAUGGAAUUUUCCUAGUUCCAAAGUACUAUAUCUCUGUCUCAUUUAUAAAACAAAUAAAUUAGAAGAUUGGUUGUUCAUA